AUGGGAAGCAAACAUCAAAUUGGAAUUCUCAAACGAGACGGGCUUGGAAAACAACGUUUUGACAUGGAGAAUAUUUUGACCAGAUCCCUGUAUAGAGUUUUGAAUAGCACGACCCAAGUACCAACUCAUGUUGCAUCCAAAAAUCAAAAUGUCGAUAAGAUGAACUUCUCAAGUAGACCUCAGCCGAUUGCCGUGGCUCGUCCAAAUAAUCAUCAGAUCGGGAAUUCGAGCUCUGUCGAUAUUGAUAUGCAAAUGAAACUUCUUGCUCAAGAAAUUUGUGGACGAGUCGAGCGAAAAUAUGAAAGAAAGCUGGAUGAAGUCAGAGAAAGAGAUAGAAAAGAUACCGAGCGGAGAUUAGCAUCAAUACGAUCAGAAUUCGAAGCUAAAUAUCAACUUCAGUUAGGAAAACUAGAAAAAGAGAAAAAUCGACUGCUAGAUCAGAUUUCUGAGAGAGAAAGAACUCUAGAACAUCGCAUGGAAAUGAGAUCUGCUGAACGAGAACAUGACCUGGCUGCCAAACAAAGAACUGUUGAGAAUAGGGCGAUUGAACUGACUCUGAACAAGGAAAACUUUGAGAAAACCAAAGAGGAAUGGCAAAAAAGAAUGGAAGAAGACUUAGAAGAAAUGAGGCUAGAAAGAGAACGAAUUGAAGUAGCUGCAUCGAAAACCACUGAUAGAAGAAGAUCAGAAAUGGCCGUUGAAGCUGAAGUUAGCAUGUGGAAGAAGAGAACUGCCGAACUAGAGCACGAUGCCAAUGAAACGAGAAAACGGUUAGGAGACUUGAUGGAAGAUAACUUUCGUUUGAAAGAUCAAACUGGUGCCAUUAGCCAAGUAAAAAGAGAGUUAGAUGUAACCAUGACCGCAUUAAACGAAUCGAGAGAAGAACUGGCAGCAAGUAAAGUGGAAAUCAGAAGAACUGGCGACUACGAUCAAAUGAAAGAAGAGAACGAUCAGCUAAAGAUUGAAAUUGAACGAAUUCGGCUAAAAACCACUCAACGUGUUCAGUCUGCCGUCGAAGAAACCAUCGCUGAAUAUUCUGCGAAAGAAGCAAAAUGGAAGCGAAUCGCUGGAUUGAGUCAACAACGAAUAGCAGUUCUGACAGAAAAGUUGAAAGAUUUGGAAAUUGAACGAGAUGUUCUUCGUCAAGAGAUAAAAACAAUGCAAAAAAUGGUUGGAAGAGGAUCUUCUCAGAAACUGCAAGUUCAAAAUCUGACUAAACAUCAAUCAAAAAUCAUGUUUCGAUCGGUUUCGCCUUCAGAAUCAACAUCUUCACUUUCUGAUGGAGAGUUGGAGAUUUUGAACAUUCGACAGAGAAUUCAAAAUCUGGAUGAUAUUGCCAAAGAACUUGAUGCAUCUGUUGAACACUUCUCAACGUCUGGAAUUUCUCAAAAAGUUUUUGAUAAGAAUGAAUCCAAUGUCGAGCUUUACGAUGAUUUUUGCCGAGCACUUCAUAGAUCAGUUAUUGACGAUGAAGGUUCUCCUAUCAAUAUGACGUCAUCCCCACAGAAACCUGUCAAAAAAUCUCAGAAAAUUAUAGAAAGUCCAGUUCCUUCAGAACAUGAUUCCGAAGAAAAAGUAAAGAAGCCAGAGAGUGAUUCUUGGUUGAAGAGAGGAAUGCGAGUAGUAUCUCCCCCGGCGAGAAAGAAGUCUUUCGAAGAAGUCAGAACAACUGAGGUUGUUUCAGAGAAAAAUUCUGAACAAGUUCGUAACAGAAUAGAGCCUGUAAAACCAGUUGAACCGGAGCUGUCAGAAUUCGAAAAACGGUUACAAGCUCGUGGUGCUGCUAAAGAUCAGACAGACAGAAGAAAUCGGAUUCUCGAGCUUGCAACUACGCCGGAACCCGAACCUAUACAAACAAUUGUUCAGCAACAAGCUCAAGAAUCUGAAAAACCUACAUCCGCCGAUAACCCUAUGUUUGCUGGAGUUGAUCCAGUUAUGGCUGAAUAUAUGAAGAAAGUUCUUGCUGCCAGAAAUCAGAACCCGACGACGAGCAAUCCUGUUCAACCCAUUGAAUCGAUCAAUCAAACACCUCAACUGACCACAGAACCACCGAGAGUACGAGAAGUUGAAGUAACUCUAGCUGACGAAUUGGAUCUUGAACUGGAUCAGCCGAGAGCAAACGCUGAUGAUGAUUGGUGGUGA